AUGAUCCGCUGUUAUACUCACAGAUGUUCGUUGAUGGGAUUCGAUUUGAAUAGACAGUGGCAAGAGCCAUCUCAGUGGGCUCAUCCAACAAUCUAUGCGACCAAACAGCUCCUGAUGAAACUGAAUCAAGACACGGAGGUUGAUGUCAAUUUUUUCAUCGACAUACAUGCACAUUCUACUCUGAUGAACGGUUUCAUGUAUGGCAAUGUGUUUGAGGACGAGGAGCGUGCCGAAAGACAAGCCGUAUUCCCGAGUCUGAUGAGUAGAUUUGCGGAGGACUUUAGUCUACCACAAACAAACUUCAAUCGAGAUGCGGUCAAAGCUGGCACUGGACGGCGACGGGGUCAAGUGACACCGUGA